ACUAAUAAUAUUUUAGUGGGGGAGUGAACAGCCAAAAAGAUCUUUUGCAAUUCCCUCUAAUUAAAGAAAAAACCACAAAGAAGGGCAAAGGCAAACCAAAGCGGUGUAAGUUGUAACUGUAAGUAGAGAGGGUUGGAUAAUGGGGGUGACAAAGGAGCAGGUUGAAUCUUCAUUAACGGCAAAGCUAAACCCUUCUCAUCUGGAAGUGAUUGAUACAUCUGGGGGAUGUGGUGCAAAAUUCUCGAUUGUCAUUGUGACUGAACAAUUUGAAGGCAAAAGAUUGCUGGAGAGGCACCGACUGGUUAAUGGUGCACUAGCUGAGGAGAUGAAGGAAAUCCAUGCUCUCUCUAUUACAAAAGCUGCAACUCCAGAGCAGUGGAAACAACAGCAGGAAUCUGAAAAAUCUCAAGCAACUGCUUAAAAUUUGAUAUCAUCUUCGUUGCUUAAAUGCUUGAUGAUUCAGGCAUAUAAGCAUAAUACUCUCUUCUCCUUAUCUGAUGAGGGGGUAACUGCUAUAGGAGGUUAAGAAACAGAGUCUUAUAUCAUGUGUUAGUCAAACUUUCUUGAUUUGAGACCAUGAUACUUUAACUAUAUAAUGAAUAAUGCAGUAGCUUUCAGAUUCAAUCAA